UGCGCUGAAAGUUAUAAUCUUUUCUUUCUGAAGAAAGAAGUUUAAUUUAUUGAGAUUUAUCGUUAUAGAACAUCAAACUAAUUUCGAUUUUUAGAAAUCUAAAUCAUUAGAUUUGCAGAUUAUUAAAGUUUUAAUUUUGUUAUAAUGGGACAUUUGUAUCAAGCUUUCAGUAAUAUUGUGAUAAUGAUUAAAAUGCAAAUGAUGAUCUAAAGAAACGCAGAGAUAUUUUAUUUUUAGGAAUGCUUUUUUUUCAAGCCACGUUUUCUAGAAGGAAAAAUGCAAUGAGAACCUAAUCUCCACAUGUAAUGACAGUUGUGUCUACACACUUUCGCAUCUACGGACGUUGCCGCGGUGACGAAUGUGGCAUCACAAUGGCAGCGAUCGAGAUAUUUUCAAGCUCUGUCACUUACAAGUACAAAAGUAGAAUACAUUCUUGCGCCUCGAUUGUUGUAUUCCUGUUCAUUGUAUUAUCCUUAAUCACGCCACUUUUUAUAAUCUAUAAUGCGGGAGGCAUCUGGAUGAAAAAUCGGAUGCAUGCAGAAAUGCCAGAUGUGCACUUUAUAUACAAGUAUCUGUUACUCGCAGAAAUCGAUUCUUUCAAGGAACCCAUCGUGUGUUCCACUUUCACAACAUACAAAGAAAACGAUAUCAAAGAUCAAUGUCCAAUAAUCAAGGUACGGGAGAAUGAUAUAAACGCUGAUGGGCAAAAGGAUUCCUUGAGAUUCGAAGCGCACUUUUACACGGACAAACCGGUGAAAUCCCUGCGGCUUCUAUUGUUUUUCAAUUUUCAAUUGAAGCAUCUCAUUCAAGCGACAAUAGAAUCGAUCGGAGUAUUCGAUCAGAUAUUAAAUCAAGAUGUUCAAGAAAUACGAUUCUUCGGUGAUCUCGAACUACGGCAAAAGGGAAUUUUACGCAGCGAAGGUCUUUACGAAAUUUACAAUCAUAGCAUAGAGCUGUCCGAUUAUUCUCUACCUGAUCUGCUUUUGUACAGUUUCAAUCGGAAAUUUUCCGCCAGAAUUACGAAUGAGCGGGUAACAUGGAAAACAGGCUUUUCUAGCGACGAGCCAGUGGUCGUCAUUGGCGAAUUAUUUUAUGCCGAGAAUUUUAUUUAUUAUCAACCGAGUGUGUGGGAAGAAUUGAAAUGGGCAUGGGUUCAAUAUCUAUCAUGUCUCCUGGUGUUCGCGUAUGUGGCUAAGCACAUUCUGGUGUUUCUGUUCACCAACAGAUAUCUGAACACGUAUAUUGUAAGACCGUGGACGAAAAUAUAAACGGAGAAUAAUAAAUAAGAGAAUAAAUUUAAUUGG